AUGGAUCCUAACAACACUGGCGGUUUUGCUAGUCGGCGACCCCCGGACUUCUCCUUCCUCACCCAGCCUCAGACUUCAAGCACGAAUAAACGAGAAGGACUUACCGGCGAAACCAUUUUUCACGACCCCACGCACAACUUCCUCAUUGACUUUGGCUCCGAGGAAGGCUUCACGCAAGCUGCGAAAAAAAAGAAGAAAGCGCCAGCUAAGGCCCCAACCGCUAACAACAACGGUAACGACGACGAUGGUGCCAAGAAGGAUGACGAAGGUGCCGGCGACGGAGGCGACAAGAGCGGCGAUGCAAGCAAUAAUGACGGUGCUGCGGGCGACGGGGAUAAGGGCGACAAGGAGACGCCACCACCGGCCGACGAUCCACCUCCGGAUGACGACUGGGGAUUCGCAACGACGAAAAGCAAGAAGAAGGGUAAGAAGGACGACGGCCCACCGACUAUCCCGGCGCCCGAUAUGGAUUCCUUCGACGAGAUCAAAUUAGACGAUGCAGGCGGAGGCGGCAACGGCACGCUUGAUAUCAACUCUGGAGCAACAGAAACCAAGAAGUCAGGGUUUAGCGCCUGGGGUGCAACCGGGAACACGCCAACAGAGGCGAAGGAAGAGGUCGAUUCGAAUCCAUGGGGCCUCAGCGCUGCAAAGCCGAAGAAGAAGACAACGACGCUUGGAUUCAGCUUCGGGGAGGACGCAGCCGCCGACCCGGAACCGGCCCCCGAGCUACCAAAGGAGGAGGAAAAGAAGGAUGACGCCUGGGGGUUCGCUACCGCAUUAUCGAAGAAAGAUAAGAAAAAGAAGAAAAUUGGCGUUUGGGGCGAACCUGCGGAAGAGAAGGAAGAGCCACCCAAGGUAGAAACUCCCGCUGACGACCCAUGGGGUUCGUGGUGCACCACAACUAAGAAAACGGGCAAAAAGGACCCUGAACCCGAACCGCCCAAAGAGGAGACGAAACAGGACGACAUCUGGGACACCUGGGGCCUGGGUAAGAAGAAAAAGAAAGAAGAGCCGGAGGUGGUCCCAGAACCUGAACCGCAGCCUGAGCCCGCGCCCGACCCACCAGCUGCCGAAGCGGAUCCUUGGAGUUGGGGAACAUCAACGAGUAAGAAGGACAAGAAGAAGAAAAAGGCCCUCCUUGACAUUGAACCACCUAAGGCGCCGGAACCCGAACCCGAACCCGAACCACAGCCGGAGCCGGAGCCGGAGCCUGAGCCGGAGCCGGAGCCGCCAAAAGCUGAUCCCUUUGCAGGUCUGUCCAAAUCGCAAAAGAAGGCGAAGAUGAAGGAGAUAGCUGCCGCUGAAGCCGCUGCUGCUAAAGCCGCUGCCGCCGAAGCUGAGGCCGCUGAGGCCGCUGCCGCCGAAGCUGCCGCUGCCGAAGCCGCCGCUGCCGAAGCUGCCGCUGCCGAAGCUGCUGCUGCCGAAGCUGCGGCUGCCGCUGAAGCCGAGGCCGCCGAGAAGGCUCGGCUCGAGGAGGAACAGGCCGCUAAGAUGGCCAAGAUCGCCGAUGAGGAGAAACAAUUCGCUGCCUUAGAGGCCAAGAAGGCCAAGAAGGGCAGAUUGACGAAGAAAGACCAGACCGUCUACGACCAACUAAAGCAGUCUAUCGACCAACGUGCCGCAGAUCAAGUUGCUGCAGAUGCUGCAGAUGCUGAAGCUGCUGCCGCCGCUGAUGCCGAUGCUGCCGCUGAAGCGGCAGAGGCCGCUCGCAUCGAGGAAGAGGAGCGGCUCGCCAAGGAAGCCGAAGAACAAGCAGCAAAGGAAGCAGCCGAGGCGGCAAAAGCAGCAGAAGCGGCCAAUACAGCUGCGGCAGUAGACGACUUCGGAUGGGGUGUGACGACGAAGAGCAAGAAGAAGAAGAAGGGCAAAGCCGAACCCGAGCCCGAACUGGUCCCUCCACCGCCGCCACCCGCCCCUGAGCCCGAGCCUGAGCCCGAGCCGGAAAAGAAGGACGACCCCUGGGGCUUCACCACAAUGUCGAAGAAGGACAAAAAGAAGAAGAAGGAACUUCUGGCCGAUCCUGAACCCCCUAAGGAACCAGAACCAGAACCCGAGCCGGAACCGGAGCCGGAGCCAGUAUCAGAACCAGCGCCGGAGCCCGAGAAACCUGCGGAAGAUGACCUAUGGACCAGCCUAAUAUCUUCCAAGAAGGACAAAAAGAAGAAAAAGAGCAAGACUACUGAGCCUGAGCCUGAGCCCGAGCCUGAGCCCGAGCCGAUUCCCGAACCUGCUCCAGAUCCUCCCGCGGCUGAGCCGGAGCCGGAACUGGAGCCAGAGAAGAAAGAGGAGGACGACUUCUGGGGCGUUGCUUCUUCUAAGAAGGACAAGAAAAAGAAGAAAGAGGCGGAAGCCGAAAAGCCUAAGGAGGACUCUUGGGGCAUCUGGGGCCUAUCUUCCAAGAAAGAUAAGGAUAAGGACAAGGACAAAGAGAAGGAGAAGAAGAAGAAAAGCAAAGAGGCGCCGUCUGCAGAAGAACCAAAGGCAGAAACAGCCGCAGACGAUGACUUGGCUCUGAGCAAGUCAGAAAAGAAGAAGAAGAAGAAGGACGCCAUGGCCCUGGUUGAGUUCGGCGGAGAAGAAGAGGAGACCACUCCUGCCGAGGAAGCCCCUCCCGCUGUGCCCGAUAUUUCCGACCCCCUGGAUGGCGACGAUUUCUUCAGCUCCUGGAACAUCGGCAAAAAGGACAAGAAGAAGAAGGGAUCCGACGCCGAGGCUGCCUCAGUGAGACCUGAUGCAAUUGAGGAGCCGGCAGACGACAUCUGGGGAACAUCGUCAUCCAAGAAGAAGAAGGACAAAUCCAAAAACGAACCUGUGGAAGUCAUGGACGAAGAGCCCAAUGUGGAUUCCGUACAGCCAGACUCGGUCGAGGAGACCAAAGAUAAAGGCGAAGAUGACGAUUGGGCCGCCUGGGGAUCCUCGAAAAAGAAGUCUAAGAAUCGUAAGGACAUACUCGCCGACCCUCCACCGCCAGCUCCUACCCCUCCCACCUUGGACAUGACUGAGCCUGAAGCAGAACCAGAACCUGAGAAAGACAAAUCCAGCUUUUGGGGCGACAUGACCUCUUCCAAGUCAAAGUCCAAGGACAAGGAUAAAGACAAGGAGAAGGAGAAGUCUAAAAAGGAACCUAAGCUGAGCGAGAAGGAGCUCAAAAAGCUCGAGAAGGAGAAGAAGAAGGCAGAGAAAGAAGAAGCUGCGCGCAAGGCUAAAGAAGAGGAAGAGGCUGCAGCCGCUGCGGCCGAAGAAGCAGCCAAGGAAGAGGAGGAGCGUCUUGCUCGAGAAGCGGAAGAGGCCGCCGCCGCCGCCGACGCCGAGGCUGCCGAGAAGGCUCGCCUCGAGGAGGAACAAGCCGCCAAAAUCGCCGAGGAAGACGAGCAGUUCGCUGCCUUGGAGGCCAAGAAGCUCAAGAAGGGCAAAUUGCCGAAGAAAGACCAAGCCAUCUACGACCAGCUGAAGGAGUCUAUCGAUCAGCGCGCCGCAGAUCAAGCUGCUGCAGAUGCAGAAGCUGCCGCAGCCGCCGAAGCAGAAGAGGCCGCUCGCAUUGAGGAAGAGGAGCGGCUCGCCAAGGAAGCCGAAGAGCAAGCGGCGAAGGAGGCUGAGGAACAGGCUGCGCGUGAACGAGAAGAGGCCGAGGCCGCGGAGAAGAAGUCAAAGAAGACUUCCAAGGCAGAGAAGGAGUCCAAGUCCAAGUCCAAGUCCAAGGAGAAAGAAAAGGAGAAAGAAAAGGAGAAGGAGAAGGAGAAGAAAGACAAGAAAGAUAAGAAGGACAAGAAGAGCAAGGAUAAGGACAAGGGCGAGGACCCCGAGCCGGCUCCGGAGAUCGGUAACGACGAUGACCUGGGCGACAUUGAACUUACUGAAGAGCAAGUAGCGGAGCUCCUGGCCGACCCCGAGCCCGCAGAGCCAGACCCACCCCCACCUCCCUCUGCGCCGGAACCCAAGCCGUCCAACGACGCCUUCAGCUUCUGGGGCGUGAACACCAAGAAGUCUAAGAAAGCUCAAGAAGGUGCGGAUUUCGGCUGGAAUGAUACAACUACCUCAUCCGCCAUAAACAACGAUGCCCCGGCCUGGAUGCAACCAUCUACGGCUCGUAAGGCCAAAGGAACGAAGAUUGCUGACAAGUUAAAAGCAUUUGAACCAACGCCGCCUCCAGACGACGAACCAGCCCCUACUGUUGAGGAACCUGCCCCUGAGGAAGCGCCACCAGAGGAUCCGGCCCCAGAGGAGGAACCUGUUCCCGAGGAUCCCUCAUCAGAACCCCCAGGAGCUUUCCCGGCUGAUGAAGAUGAGAAUGAAAUCAUCGAGGUGAUUGAGAUGCCAGUGGAGAAGAAGAAGAAGAAGAAGAGCAAGAAGAACAGAGAAAGGGAUCUUCUUGCCGAAGACGUCCCUCCCCCGCCAGCUCCACCACCGCCCCCUGCCGUACCUGAGGCCCCAGAGCCAGAAGAACCCGAUGCCGAGGAAGAGUCGUUGACACCUCCCCCGGAGGUGAACUUGAACAAAAAGGACCGGGCCAAGAUCAGCCGCGAAGGUUCAUCGUGGGGCAUGUGGUCGGCCUCUGCACCUCGCGACAAGGACAGGGAGCGAGACCGCGACCGCCGUCACCGUGACCGGGAGAGAAGUUCCAAGCAUAAGUCUGAAAGGCAUGAGAGGAAACAGGCAGCUGGUGAGAAAAGGGAGGGCAAAAGCUCGUCCAAGGGUUCGAGCUCCGGAAAGGGCGAUCGUGCCGAGAAAGAAAUGGAGACGCCAGCGCCAACGCGCCCGAAGCUCAUGUCCGUGUUCAGCACCCCUCCAAUUUCACGCACCGCUUCAACCCGGGAUCGGCGUUACGGAUCUACUGGCCGUCCGUCACGUCGUCACUCUGUCGACGUUACCGGCUUGGUAUCACCACCUCCAGAAGAUGCGCCUCCAGUGUCUUCCAAAGCUGCCAAAGUCCUAGGCGUCGACAAGUCAAGCAGACGCCGCAGGCGUGCUCCUGCAGAGGAUGAUGACAUCGUAAUGGUCGGGGCAAAUGGUGACGGAGAGGAUGCCAGCCCCCCAAAGUCCUCUCGCCGGCGAUCCAGACAACCCAAAGACGACGACAUCGUCAUGGUGGACGCAGACGGCCCUUCCGAGCCACCGCCCAUGAAACGGUCCAGCUCGAGCGCCAAGAAAGGACUUGGUGGACUGUUCAGCGGCCUCCGAACCCCCAAGACAGAACGCCCAGACCCGUUGCGAAGGCGCCACACAUACGCGACUGACGAUGAGACUAGACGCGAGCGCCGAAAGGGUUCUUCUGGUGAUGCCGAAGAGGCAGAUCCGGCGGCAAUGACUGACAUGGACCAGGAGGCCCGCCGUGCUGCUCGUCGUGCUCGCCGUGCUGCAAGGGAUGCCGAGGUCGAGGUCGUGGAUCCGUAUGGCGAUGAGGCACGUCGUGCCGCCAAGGAAGAGGCUAGGCGUGAACGUCGACGCCGGAGGGAAGAAGAAGACGCUCAGGCGCGAAAGCAAGAGGAAAAGGAGGCGAGGCGCGCAGAACGACGCGCCGCCCGCCAACGUGAGGAAGAAGAGCGAAGGGCAGCCGACGACCGAGAGGCUGAGCGAGCCGAGCGGCGGCGACGCCGCAAGGAACGUGAAGCCGCCGCCGCCGCCGCCGCCGCCGCCGAAGCAGAUAUGGAGGCUAGACGAGCGGCACGUGAGGAACGCCGUCGAGCCCGUGAUGCUGGUGGAGCAGAAGACGAAGAGGCCCGGAGGGUCAGGCGAGAGGCUCGACGCGCCGCUCGUGCGGCCGGGGAAGCAACGGACGCAGAAGAAUUCCGCCAUCGCAGCAGCCGAAGACGGUCCACCUAUACAUCGGGUGAUGAAGCCAUGCAUUCAUCGCGUCACCGCUACCGGCGCGACGAGGAGGUAAGGCCGGCAUGGCCCCAUUCCGGCACCUCAUCGUGGGUCAAGGAGCACUCCGAUGCGGGUCCGCCCCCGGAAGACGGCGGACAGACAGAAGCGGUGCCGCAGACGGAGGACGAAGCGCGGCGCGAGCGGCGCGAGCGUCGGCGCAGGGCCAAGUACGAAUACGGCACGGCGGACGAGGCGGACGACCGCCGCCGCAGGGCUCGCCGCGAGGAGCGCGAGCGCAGAUACGGGGGCGGCAGCGGGGGCGUCGGCGCCGGCGGUUCGGAGGGCAGCGACGAGCGGCGCCGGCAGGCCAUGUUUUCAGACGCGACGGCGACACCGCGGGGGAGCUGGUGGAGGAAGCUGACUGGCUGA